AUGUCUGGUCGCGGUAAAGGAGGGAAGGGUCUGGGGAAAGGCGGCGCCAAGCGCCACAGGAAGGUGCUCCGGAACAACAUCCAGGGCAUCACCAAACCCACCAUCCGACGUUUGGCCCGCAGAGGGCGAGUCAAGCGCAUCUCCGGCCUCAUCUAUGAGGAGACCCGCGGAGUGCUGAAAGUCUUCCUGGAGAAUGUCAUCCGCGAUGCCGUCACCUACACCGAGCACGCCAAGAGGAAGACCGUCACCGCCAUGGAUGUCGUCUAUGCUCUCAAACGACAGGGCCGCACUCUACGGAUUCAGAGGAUAAAUCCUCAUAACCCCCCCGGCUUCAUCUCAUACGAAGGGCUGUCUGUAGGAAUAUCUGUUUCUUCUGUAGUUAGACCAAUUUCUAGCUUUUUCGGUAAAAUCUGUGGGAAAGUUCUUAGCUGGAUACUUCCUGUACAAUCCGAUUGUAGAGUUCUUUAG